UGUCUGUCUUUCUCUUACAACCCUGAAUAAAAUACAUGCUUUGAUCUCUCUCCCUCAUAUGACAUGCAAAAAAAUAUGACAGCAAACAAGGGGAAAAAUGGAGCAAUUAUAUUAUCAUGGCAAUCAAGGCUCAUCCAGUUUGGCAUGUGUGGCGAUUCUGGGCUAACUCAUGAGCUCUUACAAUGCAAAGUUUGCCUUUUCAGAUCUCAACACAGGUCAUUUUAUAUCCCCCCAAGUCAAGCAGAUAUUGCAGCAAUCUUUAUCCAAAAGCGGAGUCUUAUGAAGUUUGCAAUUGGUGUUUGAGUCAAAAUGUGGAUUCCAAGUCUCAGAACUCCUCAACGUCUUCACCAUCGUGUAAAGUAAACAACGAAGACGAUGGUAAGAACAAGAGAAAGGGUGAUUACAACAAUGAUGACUUCAAAGACUCCCAGAGGAACAAAAACUUAAAGAAGCAAUUCGCCAGCAGACAAAAGUUUCCGGAGAAACGGCCGCCAUGCACGACACGGAGGAGGAUUAUAAGCAACGGUCGUUUAGAUGAGAAGCUUAGGACAAGAAAGGCAGAAGAGGUAUCAAAAGGUGUGUACAUUACAAGGCAGGUAUUCAGAAACAAGGUACAAAGAUACAAACAUUUGGAUGAGGUUUCAAGUUAAUACACACAUGCAAAACGUAGAAUGUUUUAUCUGGAAAAUGGAACUACAGAGAUUGUUUAUGAUUUGGUUUUGUUUUAUUUUCGAUCCUUCCAAACAGAUAUAAUAUCAGUGUGAUUUUGGAAGAAG